UUAGUAUAGAUAAAUAUGACUGACAUUAUUGUUGUUAUUAUUAAUUAAUAUAUCAUAAGUAAAGCAGUCAUCAAAUCAAAUAUGUAUUUAUCGCAGUCAUAGACAUCACAACAACAAUUAAUAGCAACUAUUCGGGUAACUAAAGCUUUAGUGGACACACACACACCGUCGGUAAUCAUCAUCAUCAUCGGUAGGCGCGUCGGUCAGAUCAUGGGUUUCGGUAUUUUCCUAUUGUUUACGUUGAUGUUCGGCGGUAUCGGUGCCGUCGGACCAAUGUUUCUACCAGAAUGGCCACAUCGGUCGGCAGUCAAGAUGAUGAUGUCGUUGGGAUCGGUUUGCUGUUACGCAAUGUGGUUGACCACCUAUUUGUCGCAAUUGAAUCCACUGUUCGGACCGAUAAUCAGCAACGAAACCAUGACAUUGAUGAAGAAGAGCUGGUCGUAGAUGACAUUGAAGACAACAACAUAGACAACAAUCUCAAGAGAUAUCAUCAAAAAAAAAAAUAAAAUAAAAAACAAAACAAUACUCUCGAGUGAUAUAUCCAUUAGUCAUGUAAUUAAUUA